AUGGCUCUAUCAGUGCAACUGUUCCUCUCUCACACCACAUCUCUCUCCAAACCCUUACUUUUCUCUUCCCUCUCAAUCCCACUCUCACCUAAUAAGCUAAUACCCACAUCAAUUACAUCUCUUCGGCCUCCGUUACCCAUGAAAUCAAACCACUCAAAGUGUCAUGCAAUCAGAGAUAUGGCAAGUUCUACUGCUGUGCCUCCACUUGAUAAGCAGAGAAUAGAUGGUGAUGAUCAAGAGGUUCUUGUAGGUCCUGCUAGUGAGCAAGAGAGGAGAGGGGAGAGGGUGGUGGCAGACUAUGAUUGGACAGAGGAGUGGUAUCCUCUGUAUCUCACCAAGGAUGUUCCCGAUGACGCUCCUCUGGGACUCACUGUAUUUGAUAAGCAAAUUGUUCUCUAUAAAGAUGGUAAAGGAGAGCUUCGGUGUUACGAGGAUCGGUGCCCCCACAGACUAGCUAAACUGUCAGAAGGUCAGUUGAUUGACGGAAAACUAGAAUGUCUCUACCAUGGUUGGCAAUUUGAAGGUGAGGGUGUUUGUGUAAGGAUUCCUCAGCUUCCUUCAAAUGCCAAAAUUCCUCGAUCUGCAUGUCUCAAGACCUAUGAAGUAAGGGAGUCACAGGGAGUCGUGUGGGUAUGGAUGUCGCGAAGGACUCCCCCAAAUGUUAGCAAACUACCUUGGUUUGAUAACUUUGCUAGACCAGGGUUUCAAGAUACUUCAACCAUCCAUGAGCUUCCAUAUGAUCAUUCUAUACUACUCGAGAACCUGAUGGAUCCAGCCCAUAUCCCAAUAUCACAUGAUAGGACAGAUUGGAGUGCAAGAAGGGAAGAUGCUCAGCCUCUUCAUUUUGAGGUGACUGAACGUACUGAUCGAGGUUUUGCAGGGUGGUGGGGUAAAGAGAAGGAUCACACCUUGCCGAAUUUCUUACGGUUUGAAGCACCGUGUGUUCUUCAAAAUAACAGAGAGCUUAUUGAUGAGAAGGGAGAAAAACACUACUUCACUGGCCUCUUCUUAUGUAGACCUACUGGACAAGGAAAAUCCAUGCUCAUUGUAAGGUUUGGUGGAACAAAGAGGUCUCCCCUGGCAAAGCUGUUUCCCAAAUGGUACUUCCAUCAGAAUGCAAGUAAGGUUUUUGAGCAAGACAUGGGAUUCCUGUCAUCUCAAAACGAGGUUUUAAUAAAAGAGAAGGUUCCCACAAAGGAAUUAUACCUUAAUUUGAAGUCCUCAGAUACAUGGGUUGCCGAGUACCGAAAGUGGAUGGACAAAGUUGGUCAUGGGAUGCCCUAUCAUUUUGGACAUAGCACCAUCUCUCUUCCUGAACUUCCUGCUGUUGUAGAACAUGCUCCAGCUGGACUUUUUGCCGGAAUUUCUGCUUCUUCCCCGGCUAAGGGUGGGAUUGGAACAAUGUAUACUCCAAAUUUUUCCAACCGAUAUUUUCGGCAUGUGAUCCACUGCAAGGAAUGCAGCAGCGUUGUCAAAGCUUUCACUGCUUGGAAGAAUGGUCUUUCUGUGGCAGCUCUUACGCUGACAGCGCUGGCUAUUUUACUCUCUCAAAGGCAGUGGAAGGCUUUUUUCCUGGUAUCUGCAAGCUUGUGCCUGGCUGGAGUUUAUGCAUGCUCAACUGCUAUUGCAAUGAACACAACAAACUUCGUAAGAACACACAGAAGAUUGUGAUUCAGCAAAUGCUCAUGAUUAUGUUAGGGGGAAAAAAGUAAAAGAAAUGUGGUAGUACUCACACGUGAUAAUGUACCUUAUCCAUCUCCUUUAACAUGCCUUUUAAUGCCUCUUCCAGGAAACACCACUUCCAUCCGUUACAAGUAAACCUUUACUGUUUCAUCUCCCUCACCCUUAUUAUCGGUACGAAAACGCGUUCUUUGUUAUUCGUGGGAUGAGAUUUCAGUUCCUACGAUUUAUUGGGGUAGUUCUUGCUGUUUGGUACGAAGCUUUCUCUCUAUUUUAAGCUUCUAUAUGGGUUUAUCGAGUUUGUUAUCCUCCAUCCGUUGGAUCUGCCCAAAAUUUUUGGUUUCGCUGAAUGGCCUGUUUAUUUUUUCCAUGUUCGUGUGUGCUGCCAGGUAAUAUUCUAAAAUUGAUUUAUUAUUUUCCGUGUUCAUGUCUGCUCCCAGGUAAUACAAAAAAACAAUAGUGAAAUUGCUCUUGA